AUGUCUUUCACCCUCUCGACGAGCCAAAAACUCGGCUGCACGCGCGUCGCGAAGACGACCGCGGUGGCCAAGCGCCAAGGCGUCUCUCGCGUCGUCAAGGCUGCCGCGGCGUCCGCGGACGUCCCGGACAUGGGCAAGCGCAACGUCAUGAACCUGUUGCUCGUCGGCGCGAUCGGUCUCCCGGCGACCUCCCUCAUCGGUGGUUACGCGUACUUCUUCGUCCCGCCGAGUGCCGGUGGUGGCGGUGCUGGUCAACCGGCGAAGGAUGCUAACGGCAACGACAUCAAGAAGGCGUCGUGGUUGAAGACGCACCUUCCGGGUGACUAUUCGUUGACCCAAGGUUUGAAGGGUGACGCCACGUACUUGAUCGUCAAGGCGGACGGUUCCCUCACGGAUUUCGGCUUGAACGCGGUGUGCACGCACUUGGGUUGCGUCGUCCCGUGGAACAAGGCUGAGAACAAGUUCAAGUGCCCGUGCCACGGCUCCCAGUACAAUGCCGACGGUAAGGUGAUCCGCGGUCCGGCUCCGCUCUCCUUGGCUCUCGCGCACGUCGUCAUUGACGGCAACGACACGGUUACCUUCACCCCGUGGACGGAGCAAGAUUUUAGAACGGGACUUCAGCCUUGGUGGAAGUAA